CAGAAUUCAUCAAUUUCUUUCAUGUACCUUACAACAACAUAUGUUUAUAUAAAUAAAAAAUAUAGAAGCAAAUUAACAAGCAUAAACACAGAUUUAAUAUUUAGUGAGACUGUGAUAUAUUCGUUUUUAAGGACGUUUUUCGCACAUAACGCUGAAAUGAAAGUAUCGGUAUAUCCGAGUAUGAAUUUAAGAGGCGAAGUAAGAGAAAGUAUAUCUUUGGAUGAAGAUGAUUUAAGUGAUGUCGAAGACGAGGUUUUUAUAAGAGAUGGGAAAAAUGGAUAUAAAUUGGCAGAUGAACUUACAGUUAAAAGACCUCUCAUGGCACCCAGACGAAAAGUAGCAAGACCGGAUUUAGGAACAAGACUCAAAGCUAAGCCACCAUGCAAAGCCUUCCUCAAACCUUGUUGUUACAUAUUUGCAGCUCUAAGCGUUCUUGUUGGUCUUAUUAUCUUAGUAGUAGUUCUAGUAUCAAUGUACCCAAUUCCAUUAGACAAAGUAAGAGAUUGGAUAAUAAAAAAAGCUCAGAAACAAGAACCAAUCAACUCGAGUAAGCUACUUCCAUGUGAUAAUUUAAAAGUCUCCGACGUGUGGUCUAUCAAUUUACCAAAACUGAAUACUGAUUCUCCUGUUAGAGUAUUAGAUGUAGAUAACGAUGGUGUCGAUGACAUUAUUUUUGGAUUUGGCACAGGUGAUAAUUAUAACAUAUUACCGCCAGAUUUAUUUUGUCCUAUAUUCAUGGGAGUACCAUCUCCUUGUGAGGGUGGUGUUCUAGCUUUAAAUGGACUAACAGGAAAUAUUAUAUGGAGACACUGGUUUAAUGAUACAAUAUAUUCUCUCCAUUGUACCAACGAUAUAAAUGGAGAUCAACAAAAUGAUUGUUUAGUUAUAGGAAUGGAAGGGACAAUUGCAGUGAUUGAUUCAAAAAAUGGUACAAUUAUUUGGAAAUUGAAUACCGGAAGACUCAAUAUAUACGUCGCUUCGUUCAUUCCAGAUCAAAAUAAUGACACCAUUCCCGAUAUUUUAGCUUCCAGUUCUUCUUUAAGUGUUGAGAAAGAUGGUCGUCUAGUUUUGUUAUCUGGUAAAAAUGGAGAGAAAUUGAAAACUGUGACAACUCCAGGAGGUGCAAAAACUUUUUACAUGCCUCAAGUUCUUAGUCAGAAUAAUACAAGGUCGUUUGUGAUAUUUGGUACAGGAUCUCCCACAACUGCUGGAAAUCUAACCGUGACUCCUUUGGAAGAUGUUUUAUUAGGAGUGUUAGGAAAUUCCACAAAAAAUAUCUACGAAGAUAAAUUCAAGGGUGUGUUAACGCAAUCAGUAUUGGUAGAUAUCACUGGAGAUGCAAUCCCUGAUAUAGUAACAGCCAUGUAUAAUUCAUGUUUGGUAGCGAUAGAUGGAAAAUCCUUCAAACAAAUUUGGAAUUUCACAGUACCUGGUAAUGGUGCAGAAACGAAUAUUAUUCCAACUCCUGCUUACUUCAACUCUGACAAUAUUACGGACUUUUUGAUCAUAUAUCAAAAAUAUGAUGGUAUUUUGAAUUAUAAUUAUACACAAACAUUUAUAAUUGAUGGAAAAAACGGCGAAUCUAUCUAUAAACCGAUAACUGGUGCUGUGAUAACCCAGUCUAGUGGGUUAACAGUAAGUUUAGAAUCAUUGGGAUUUGAUUUAUAUUUAUUCUGGACGUCAGAAUGUACAAAGUUGGAUGCCCUUGAAAAGUUGGAUGGAUCUAAAGUUAUAUCAAAUGAAUUUUAUGGACCAUGUAUUGACCAAUUUAACAAUACGUUGAAUAUGAAAUUAAAUGCCUUGAGUCAAUUCCACCAACCGCCAGGGUUUGUUUUAUAUAAUUCAGCGGAUAGAUUAUCUCAUGAAUUGGACAGCAGUAGAUCAGUAUUGAGACAGUUAAAAGAUCAUUAUAAAUUUCAUUCUAAAAUUCAUAUAAACAACGGACAAUCAGAAGUUGAUGAAAAUUAUAAAGUAGAUCCAGUACCGAUUGGAAUUAGAAAAUACGGUUCUUCCAGCUUUAGGCAUAAGGAUCGAAAUUUAGGAAUACAAGGUUUUAUGACCUCUUCCAACGAUGACAUUGAUACCUUUGGAGAAGACAGAGAAGUACCACCACCUGAAUACGACACUAAUUAUUAUCCUACGAUAGAAGAAACGAUACCAUAUGACGUUAAACGUCCUACAAUCACACACAAUUUAGUAUCUGCAACUAGCAGAGAUCCCAGAAGUAAAGAAAAUAAAAUAAAAACGUCCAAAAGUGGAUUUUCUACUUCAAAAAAGAAAAAUUUAUCGGAAAAAAACAACGGUAUCUUCGAUUAUACCAAUGUCAGAAAAUCUAGAAAUAGGCUUCUCCAUGACGUCGAUUACGUACCUACGGAAAUCCUAAAAGAUACGUACGUCAAAAAUGAAGAAAUGCGUCUUCGAAAAUCUAGAUUUGAACAAAGAGACGUUAACGAGCAUAUUGAUAAAAUAAAAGAGAAGGAAGAAAUACAAAAGAUUAUUAAAAAACAAAUGGAGGAAGCUAAAAAGAAUGCUUCUAUGACUUUGUGGGAUUUGGAAUCUGAAAAAGAAAUGAAAGAUUGGAUAGAUGGUCGUUAUAGAGGAAAAAGAAAUGUUAAUUUUACUUCACAUGGUUCUGUGAAAGUUACAUCAGUGGGUGCUAUACUGGAAUCUUUCAACACAACUAACGGGACUAAUUCAUUUGACAUUGUAUUCGUGACUUACUGGCAACCGCCGCCAAAAAAAAUUGAAGAUAUGCUUUCAGAAGAUAUUAAUCAAUGCAUCCAGGAUAAACUUGAGCAAGAUAAAGCUUCGCAUUAUUUUCAAAAAACAACAGAUAAAGAACUUUUUAUGAGCGAAUGUACGGAAGAACAAACUAACUUGAAAAACGAGUUCGCUUAUUUCAAACAAUUACCCCAUCUUCGACUUGGAGAAAUGACAGUCUACAGAUUAAGAGUUGAAUGUGAAUGUGUGAAUCAAAAAUUGAAUGAGACUUGUGCUAAAUUUUUGCCAAAGAAUAAACAGAGUUGGCCUACGUAUUUAGGAGCGCUUGGUGAUGGUGUAUUUUUAAAACGAGUUUGAAUUUAAACUAUCGACAGAGAAAAGAAAAACCGCAUUAUUGAAUAACAAACAAGUCGUGAUUCAAUAUAAUUUGUUAAGACUUGUUUAAUGGAAAAUAAAGAAUAUUUUAUAUAAUAUGAAGAUAAAAAAUACGAGGUUUUGUAAUUUACUUUGCUGCCAAUAACAUAUAAUUAUUUGCUCCUCAUUUUGAAAAUGUGUAUUAUUUUUGGAAAUUUAUUGGAGCCAAUAAAUCUCGAUUCGUUGGGACCUCUAAAAGAUACAACCUCACAUUUUUUGGUCUAGAAAAACUGUAUUAAAGACCAAUUACUAUGAUUCUUUUUAUUAUAAUAGAUGACAUUCAAUAAAGAGCCGUUUUAGUUUUA